AUGAAGGAUGCUAUAACGAGACUCGACAAGUGGACAACUCGUCUAACGCAACUUCUGACAUCUCCUAUCUUGAAGUCGCGCCUGAAAACGACGGACUCGGGCGACAAUCAUAGGAAUAUGCAGAAUCCGAAAUUACGGUCACUACCAUCGAUGCUACAGAGCGACUAUGCUGGCUGCUUUGUCGACUUGCGUGAUGUCACGACACGGCACGACUUAUCGGAAUCGAGGAGGAACGCCAUUAUCUAUUGCACAUCUAUUGGCUUUUUGCCAAGCACGUCAGAUAACGUGAGUACCACACUCGAACUACGGCAUCCUUCUAUGCCUUGUCUUGACGAUCGAGCCUCUGAUUAA